AUGUGCGGUUUGUGCACAGAACUACUGGGCAACGACAUACACCCUUCGGACGGUCCGAUAAAUGCGCCCGCGUGCGGCGAUUUGGCUUACAUUGAGAGCCCCACCGCCUGCGAGGCGCGCUGCAACGCCGCGGCCGGGUGUGCGGGGUUCGUCCACGUCGCUGACGUCAAUUGCUGCUUCCUCAAAGGCAAGCUGGAGGCUCAGAGCGCCAACACGGCUUGCGUCACUCAUUUGAAGACGGGCUUACCUGGAUACGUCGUCGCCUACGGGAAGGAAGACCGCUCUUGCGACCCCAACGCCAACAACCCCACCGCCAACAACCCCACCACCGGCAACCCCACCGCCAACAACCUCACCGCCAGAAACGCCACUGCCCACAACCCCACCGCCAGCAACCCCACUGCCCACAACCCCAGCGCCAACAACCCCACCGCCGACGCCGUCGACCCCACCGCCCACCAAACCACCGCCGGCGAGCACAGCGCCGCCGACGAACAGCGGAGGUUCAGGAGGUGGGGGUUCAAGGGGUGGGAAACAACUAGCCUAAGAAGACCGGCACUCGGGUGA